CCAAGUAAAGCAUUUUCAGAAAAACAAAAUAAAAACCAAAACGAAGUCACAAUGCGCAAUUUCGCUUCUCAUCUUCUUCUCCCCCACCCACCCUACCAUUUCACCCUACCAUGCCCCGUCGGAAAAAUUCUGAGACAAAUAGAUCAACAUCCGUAGCUUUUCGACACCCUAAAACGGACCCGAAUCGUUAUCGGGGCGUCCGUAAACGGCCGUGGGGCCGGUUCGCAGCCGAGAUACGAGACCCGAUAAAAAAAGCUCGGGUCUGGCUUGGCACCUUUGACACGGCGGAGGAUGCUGCACGCGCUUACGAUGAUGCCGCACGCGCCUUCCAUGGACCCAAAGCGAAAACCAAUUUUUCAGUUUUGCCUCCGUAUGGGCAGAACCAGUUUGAAAAUUUUAACUGGCCGGCUUCCAGUAGCCUGAGCAGUACGGUGGAGUCAUCCAGCGGGGCGCGUGAUUUGCACUCGCGGGUUGAAAUUACUCGCCGGAUUACUCCGCCGGCGGUGGAGUGUUACAGUUGUUGCGAUUCGUCAUCGACUGUGGUGGAUGAUAAUAUUGACGUCGAUUCGUCGUCGUUUUGUAAACAGCCUCUGCCGUUUGAUUUGAACUUGCUCCCUCCGUCUGAUGACGUUGAUGAUGUCCAUGUUACCCCUUGUAUUUUUAGUUAUGUUAAUUAAUUUGAUUAUGAUGAAAAAAAAAACUCUUUUUUCUAUGUUAUUUAUCCAUGUGGUGGAUGUUGAGAAAUUAAUAACCAAAUGGGUUUUUAAAUUAUGCAUAGAUUAAUUUACUGAGUCAUGAUGUUAUCUAAAUCAGAAAAGAAUGUAUCUUUACUAUAGAACGUUGGAUCUGAUGCUGAGUUUUUUUUUAUAAUUAUUAUUGUUUUUGAUUUAUAAGAUUUACCUUUUUUUGUAUUAUGAAACUGAAUUGGUAAAAUGUUCUUCCUUAUGAAAUUGGAACAUUUUUUUUGUCUCUGUGCGUUUUCUUCUGGUAAAAUGGGUCUGAAUACAGCAUAUUGGACAAGAUGAUUUAUAUGAACUAACUUGGAUGGAGGCGUAGUUGAUUGAUUGAUUGCUUCUGUUUUUUGAGAAAUAUUCUUGUAGUACUAUGACUUCGUGCAGGAUAAUCGGAUGAGCACGCGUUGGCAGCAAUGGUGAUAAAUGAGGAGGAUAUAUGCUGUCGGGAAAGAAGAUCGAAGGAGCGGAGGCAUCUCAAAGAUUUAGCAGCCAAGUGAGUAGCUGCAUUUGACUUUAUAACUUGUUUCCUGCGUUUUACUAUUAUGAGUAGACGGACUGGUCCUUUAUACUUAUAAAUUAAGUACUAGUAAAUAGAGUGAUCACCUUUCCUUAGAAACUUGGAAUUUAGAGAGGCAACAAGUAUUGUUGCCAAGA